GGCUGAACCAACCAUGCAGAGGCUGCUGCUCCUGAGUUUGGCGCUCAGUUUUCACUCUGCAGUGAGGACAGCAAGGUUCUCCCAGGAGCCGGCAGACCUUUCGGUGGUGCGGGGCCAGAGGGUGCUCCUGUCCUGUGUUGUCUUCAACUACUCCGGCAUUGUUCAGUGGACCAAAGAUGGCCUGGCUCUGGGCAUCGGAGAAGACCUCCGAGCCUGGCCCAGGUACCGUGUGCUGCGGGUCCAGGAGCUGGGUCAGUACAACCUGGAGAUCCUGUCUGCAGACCUGUCUGAUGACGCGCUGUACGAGUGCCAGGCCCCCGACGCCGCGCUGAGGUCCAGAAGAGCCAAACUCACCGUCCUCAUCCCCCCAGACGACCCGGUGAUCGAUGGGGGUCCAGAGGUGCUGCUGAACGCGGGGGAGUUCUACAACCUGAGCUGUGUAUCUCGAGGGGCCAAACCGUCUUCAAUAAUCGAGUGGCUUAAAGACGGUCUUCCUGCGGAGGGGGCCGUCAGCAUCACUGAGGUGCUUCCAGACAGGAAGAGGGUGACAACGCGCAGCUACCUUCCUAUCCACCCUGUCGACACGGACACUGGGAGGAACUACAGCUGUGUGGCCACCAACCUGGCUGUUUCCUCUGGAAAAAGCACAACUGUCACCCUAAAUGUGCACCAUAAACCAACAGUGACCUUGUCUAUUGAGCCUCGGUCUGCCCUAGAAGGGGACAGAGUCACCUUCACAUGCCAGGCUCAUGCCAACCCCCCCAUUAUGGGCUACAGGUGGGCUAAAGGCGGUGUGGUGCUGCAGGGCGCCAGGGAGAGCGUGUUCACCACCAAGGCUGACCACUCCUUCUUCACCGAGCCCGUCUCCUGUCUGGUGUUCAACGCUGUUGGAAAGACCAACGUCAGCAUCUUUGUAGACGUCCACUUUGGGCCCAUCCUGCUGGUGGAGCCGCAGCCAAAGACAGUCGACGUAGACUCAGACGUCACCCUCAACUGUAAAUGGGCUGGAAACCCCCCGCUGACUCUCACCUGGUUCAAAAAAGGUUCCAACAUGGUUCUGAGUAACGGCAACCAGUUGCACCUGAAGUCGGUGUCCCAGGCGGAUGCUGGGCAGUACGUCUGUAAGGCCAUCGUCCCGAGAAUUGGAGUUGGAGAGACGGAGGUCACGCUGACAGUGAACGGUCCGCCCAUCAUUUCCAGUGAUCCCGUCCAGUACGCUGUGAGGGGGGAGAGGGGGGAGGUCAAGUGCUACAUAGCCAGCACACCUCCUCCAGAUAAGAUCGUGUGGGCGUGGAAGGAGAACGUGUGGGAGAAAGAGAAGGGGACACUUCUGGAGAGGUACACCGUAGAGCAGAGCAAACCGUCAGCCGAGGGCGGCGGCGUCCUCUCCACACUCACCAUCAACAACGUCAUGGAGUCCGACUUCCUGUCCACCUACAACUGCACGGCCUGGAACUUGUUCGGCCCGGGAACCAUGAUCAUCUCUCUGGAGGAGACUGAAGAGGUUCCAGUGGGGAUCAUAGCCGUUGGGACGGUGGGCUCCACCAUCCUCCUCUUCAUCUUCCUGCUGAUUCUCGUCCUUAUCUUCUACCGGCAGCGCAAAGGCAGCCGGCGCGGGGUCACGCUGGGUAAACCCGACAUCAAGGUGGAGACCAUAAACAAGGAGACCCACAGCUUAGAGGAGGACUCGGGCAGCGUUUCCACAGCUUCACGUAUGGUCAAGGCCAUGUACUCGCCUUUUAAAGACGACAUCGAGCUGAAGUCAGACAUGCGCAGCGACACCCUGGACACCCGGCAGGAGUACGACCUGAAGGACCCCACCAACGGGUACUACAACGUCCGAGCUUCCACUCAAGACGAAGUCCUGCCCGGGUCCCGUUCCACCAUGCACUACUCCGACUACCGCUCCCCUGGAGGAACACCGGGGGGCGCUGCAUCCAUCAGCAGCAGCACCGGAGGCUCGGGGGCCACUGCCAGCGGAGGAGCUCCCGGUCCUCCCGGCCCCCUCACCUCCCCUGGGCGCCCACAGGCUUGUUAUGACCCCCGACCGCCGUCCAGACUGUCCCACAUCAGCUAUGCCCAGUUCAACACGUUCACCCGCGGGAGUCAGAGCCAGCAGCCCCCAGCUAACCCUGCCCCCGCAGCCAGUGACUUCCCAGGAGACUGUAGCCUCCUGGACUCCACCUCCCAGCUGGCCUACGACAACUACGGAUACCCCUCGCACUACCAAACCUACCGCAUGGGCUUUGCACCGUCCAGCCUGGCCCCUCUGGAGGCCGGCCCCUCCUAUGAGAUGUAUGGGGUGGGAUCCGGGGUGGGGAGCCCCGGGGUCGGGGUCAGCCCCGGAGGCCCGGCUCCCUCCGGAUCAGAGACUGGGCUCGGGAAGUACGGUAGCUCCACUCGCUUCUCCUACACAUCGCAGCACUCUGACUACUCCCACAGCCGACACACACAAAGAAUGCAGACUCACGUGUGAAACACACCUCGUCGUAUAAUUAACACACAUGUACCCACACACACACACCUACCAAAACACAUCUCACACAUACAUGCACAAAGUCAGAAAACCUUACCCGCCAUGAGACAGGGAGAGGAAGGAAACCAAGGUGGAAAAUGAAGGAGUUUUAGUGAGAAUGAAGGGAAAUCCCACAGUUUGGUAGAAUUCCCUAAUUCUGACGCGUUUGUCUAUCGGAGCUCUGAGAGAGCGAACAGUGCAAGUCACAAUCAAGGCCGGAGAAGCAGCGAGAGGACAGGAGAUGACCGAUCCUUGGAGCCCUUAGCCUUUUCUAUGAUCUAACAUUGUAAAGUGGAACUGACUGUCUAACAUGGUACAUGCUGAUAGAAAGCAACCUCAGCCAGUGGAAGCCAUUUCUGGCCACCAUUUGUACUUUUCUUUUAGCUGAUUGUCUUAUUCAGUGACCAUAGAGCACAUAUACAUUAUAUGAUAUCCCAGAAU